AUGGACGAUUUGGCUCUCGAACUACAAGUCUCUCGCAUCAUCAACGCAGUCGAAUCUACCACUAUUUUCACGACCAUCUUUCCGAACCCAACUGCGAAAGCGGAUUAUACAACAACUCAAGAAGCACCUGUCGUUACAGUGACGCAGGAGGCGAAUCAAAAUGAUGCAGGAGGACUACCUGGUGGCAAGAUCUUUGGAGCUCUUGAGAUCAUUAUCGCUCUAGGAGCAUUGGUUGGCGUUCUACUACUCGUCAUGGGAAUCAUCCUAUGCGAUCGACGAAGAAAAUCCAAGAAGCGAAAGCGAGCAUCCGCACGAGUUCACAAGAGAAUGACUGAAAAGGCCGACCCACCAGCUGAGAACAGCCAAGCAAGCGUACCGCCAACAGAAGCAAGGUUACCAGAAUCGAUAUGGCCCCGGAUGGCGGAGAAGAAUCAAGCAGUUCAUGAUUAUUGGCAUAACGAUGCAUCACGGCAGCAGCAACAAGGUUGGCAGCCAGGCGCCGGACAAUCUCAAGAACACGGGCAAUAUAGAUAUCAAUAA